AUGCUGAACUUGAAACUUGGAAUUUUUGCCCGAGCCUGGACCGUCACACUCCGUAGCACUAGGAUGCAGCUCGACAUUCGCCGUCUUUGGCUCCGCUUUUUUCUGAUUACCAACUGCUAUGCCGGAAUCAUAGACUUCCUUGAGCACUUUGGGCACGAACAGACACUGCCCGCGGUGGAUCACGAAGGUCCCAUUCAAUGGAGUCUCGACAGACCGGAACCUCCUGAAAACCAUUCGCAAGGUCCCUUUCCGAAUCCCGAAAUACGAGCUGGCUUCCACUUUGAUCUGAACGCGACACCCACAGUGUCAGAGGUAAUAGAGACAGACAAUCAGCCUAAUGAGAGACACUUGAUCUCACCUGACGGAAUCAACGGUUCCUCCAAUAAACCAAUCAAAGACGGGACUCACGGAAAAGCAGCAAUGAUCUAUUGA